ACAUAGUGUCAAGCGAAAGGAAUCGGAAGUUGGAUACGAUCGGAAUAUAACCUCGAAUGAAAAAGGAAGAUUUCAACUACUACGUCAUAAAUAACGACAUUUUCAGUAUAGAACAGUUACAGUCCAAAGUUUAAUCAUAAAAGUUUUUUCUAUAAAUAAUGUAAAUAUGUACACUAAGUUAUCAUUAAUACCGAUAAUUUUUUAUAAUAAAUAUCGCGAAUAAGUUCGUUCAAUGCACGUUGUUUUUAAUAGGAAAGAUGAUAAAAAAAAGAGUGUAUAGUUUAUUACUGCGUAUUAAUUAAUCAGUUCAUUGAUGAAGUAGCUUUUCGUGUAAUUUUGUAAGCAGCAAGACAUAAGAGAUAUGAGAACGACGUAAUACAAAUCCUGUCGAAACCUGCGUGCUCAUAACGAAACGACGCUUGGUGCUGAUCGGAGGUAAAAUAGAGAGGUAUAAAAGAAAAAUAGAAAGGGAGAGGAAGAAAGAGCAGAAAGGAAGAAAGAAAGAAAGGGUGAAUAGUUAACGUGGCAUCUUGAUUUCGCCGACUGUCAACGUGGAUGGUCCAGGUGUGCAUCAGGAAUCUUAGGACGAAUAAUUGAAUUCCCUUUUGGAUCAAGGCAGAAGCUUAAUUUCUAGGAAGACGUUACGCGAGUUGACACGGACCGCGUUCGAUUAAUCGUUCUUCGAAUUCCAAUCGAUGCAGCUUGAUUAGUACUCUGCAAUGUGUUAUUCAACGUGACACGAACCGGUCAAUGUUUCCAUUUCGAAAACGUAAUUCGAUCCUUUACACGAACCACGCGCUUACUUUUAUUUUACUUUUUUUUUUAUUCCCUUUUUUCGUUUUCUUCCCCAACAGUGAAUGGGACUUCGAUGAACGUGCAUUGGGAAACAUUCCAUCAAUCGCAAUUCUUCUAUUCUCGUAUAUCAUCUAUUUACAGUGUCACACAUUCGUACGCGACUUUUUAUCAUACAUCGAAUUCCUUUUAACAAAAGCCGCGAUCUAUAAACGAACCUCGAAGCAAUUUCGCAUAUAUCGAUUGUCGAAAUCGGAAGUUUUUGGUUUUCCAUUCUUCAUCGUUAGUCAACGGAGAGGAGCGGGCGAAGAGAAGUGAGAGAGAGAGAGAGAGGGACAGGUUCGGUUAGUAAUUUUCUCGCGAAUCUAUUCGAGUUCGCUCGUUGUUGAGAAAGAAGGAAAUAAUAAAGGGAAAAGAGCAAGAAGAGAAAGGAAAAAAAAAGAGAAGAGAAAAAAGAAAUUGGUAAAGAGAAAAAAAAGAAAAGAAAGAAAAGGAAAGAAAAGGACAAAAAAGAGAGACAAAGAAUAAAUUCAAAGGGGAUCGAUAAAUGUAAAGGAAGUCGAAGGAGGAAGAUCGUAACAUUUUCCUUUGUUUAUUGGAAAAUCGUUGUCACGUAAUCGUCAGAAUCGUAAAAUGGAUAAGUGCGAGGGGUAAAUCUUUCUCCUCAGUCAGUGAGAUGUUCCCAUGAGAAGAGCCGUCUGCGUGGUAAUGUCUUGUUGUUGCUGGUGCUGCGACAGCGGGAACAGUACAGCCGGUCCAAGAGGAACAACAGCAGCAGCAGCAAGUGCCGUCGUAGCCGGUGGCGGAAGAAGUGUCGUGGUUGAGAACCACGUUCACGGGAGCAACGUGGUGAGCGGGGGUGGUCUUGGCAUCGCGUCCGGCCUCUCGGCGAUGCUCUCCCUCAUCGUCGUCACCGUCGCCAUCAGUACUGGCGAGUGGUUGUUGACCGAAGAAAAACUACCCAAGACGUCCUCGAACGCCUCAGUCGAGCCGGACAGCAAAGUGACUUAUAGCGGGCUCUGGCGUGUUUGCGUCGCCAUAAGCUCGCGCAUGGAAUACGAGUGUUCAAGUAUCGACUAUUUUCCAAACGAGGAAUACAGUCCCGAUCCCAGUGACUCAACGAUGGCGAUUCCAUAUGCAGUUACAAAGUCAGCUAUGUUUUUCUUUGCGGCGACGUCGUUGCUCGUAAUCGCGGAAGUUUGCUAUUUCGCCGCACACAUUACGCAUCCGAGGCACAGACUUUGCGUCUUCGUAGCUGGGGUAGUAUUUAUAGUUUCAGGCUUACUCAUGUUGGUUGGAAUGGUCAUGUACAUAUCAAUUUUUAAAGCCGAAGUUGGCAGCAAACUCAGGCCACGAUCGUCGUUUCAGGGACCUCCUUUUACGUAUAGAUACGGCUUUUCCUUUCUCCUAUAUGUGAGCGGCUUCAUCACGACCGAGGUGGCUGGUACAUACGCCAUUUUUCUAUAUAUAUCCUGGCACCAGCGAGAAUUGGUACGAAAGGACUUGAGGCGGAAAAAUUAUGGGGGUGUCUAUCACUUGGAUAAUCAUCACGCACAUCACGGCAAUCAUGCCGCUUUGGGCCAUGGUAAUUUUAUCUGCGAGAGACAUCAAAAGAGAUACUUCUUUGGGAGGGAUUCCGUCGAUUACGUCGAUUUCGACGAGUUUUUACCACCGCCGCCGAAUUUGGAUCAUUACGAUUACACCGUCAGACAAUUUCCAAGAGAUCUCACCGCUCAAACGGUGAGCACGACGGCGGACAUACUGCAGCAGGAGGAGGAUGUACCAGAGCCCGACACCGAUUAUAGUCCAAGCGUCCGGCAUGAGUUCGUGACCUUUGACCUCGAGGAUCCAGCACCACCGCCUACACCCGUUAGAGGUACCGACUGGGCCUUCGCAGCUCUAAGAAGAACUACUCCCGUCUGAUAUAGCGUCAGGUAUGCGAGGUUGGUGCAAAACGUCGACUACGAUGACGUGAAUGAUGACGACGAGGACGACGACGACGACGACAACGACAAAAUGGAUGAGAAAGCGGAGGAGGAAUGUACGGAAGAGGAAGAAGAGGAGUCCAUGUUGGACAAAAGCUGAAAAUGAUUGCCGUGAGAGGAAAACGGUAAUCUCUUUUUGGCAACUGC